AUGCUCGUGUUAAAGUCCUGUGUUGUUCCUUUGAGGAGCGUUACUCGCUCUGCAAUUAGUCUUAAUCUCCGACGAACACUUCAGACAGGAACCGCGGCAGGAGAAACCGAACAAUGCUUUAUAGAGAAUUUAUCAGGAGAUGAUAAAGGAAUAUCUAUACUGUGUAUCGAUCGACCGAGAGCUAAAAACGCUCUUUCGAGAAAAUUGAUUGAAAGCUUUCGUAAAGCCGUUGGAAUAUUAAAACAUGACAAUGAGACUAGAGUGGUAUUGUUGAAAAGUAUGGUUCAAGGUUCUUUUUGCGCAGGAGCCGAUCUAAAGGAGCGUGCGACGAUGUCUGUAGAUGAAGUCAAACAAUUUCUUCACACAGUCCGGGUUUCAUUCCAUGAGCUCGAAGCUCUCCCCAUUCCGACUAUUGCAUUGAUUGAUGGCGUCGCGUUAGGCGGCGGACUUGAGCUAGCAUUAUGUUGUGAUAUGAGAGUUGCAGGAGAGCAUGCGAAGGUUGGGCUACCGGAAACAAAAUUGGCUAUUAUUCCUGGGGCGGGCGGCACACAGCGAUUGAGUAGAUUAAUUGGGCUUGCCAGAGCCAAGGAGUUAAUUUACACUGGGCGAAUACUUGAUGCCCAGCAAGCAUUGAAAGAAGGCAUCGUGAAUUAUGCAGCCAAGGAAGGGUCAGGAUACCAAAUAGCUCUAAAUUUGGCAAGAGAGAUCUUGCCUGGUGGACCGAUUGCACUCCGAAUGGCAAAGGUAGCGAUCGAUCAUGGGAGCCAACUUGACCUAGAUGCGGGCCUGAAAGUGGAGCAGUCGUGCUAUGAUCAGGUCCUUCCAACAGAAGAUCGUAUUGAGGCACUCAAGGCAUUUGCGGAAAAACGCCGUCCUGUAUUCAAGGGUCGCUAA